GGUUCCUGGUUUGUUGUAUGACGUCUGCGGAGAAAUCAACUGUGAAACUUAGAAUUUAUUUUUAUCUACAUUCUUGAUCAGCGAUUAACUGUACAGAACACAUCUGCUAUUUUAUUUAUAAACAUCAUCUGCCUGUGAACUUCUGUGAAGAGGUCCAAUGGGCCAGACACUGUUCCCGAUGAUGGAGGAAAUAGACAAGCUGGAUUACGAUGGUGAUCCGAACAUUGACUCGACACUGCUGCAGACCCGACAGAGACUUCUGUUGGCGAUCCGAGGGAAUGAGGACUGCACGUCCGUCCUGAACGAACUCAUAUCGCUGGACUGUCCGAACAUCAUGAAGUACGCCAUGGUCAACAUGCAGGAUCUCCUCCUGCAGAACAACCAGAAUAUAGAACAGCUGAAAGCUAUACCGGUUGGACUAAACAUUUUGGAGAAGUAUAGCAGACAUCUCAUAAAACCAAAGAUUUCUAGAAACGAGCUUUGGAGAUAUGUGAAAUUUUCAAAUCCAGUUUACAAAGAAAGAGUGGAGCCAUUGAAGGGUAGCUUGGAAAUAAUGAGACAAAUGGGUUACACAGACUGUGUUGACGAUGGCCUGUACUUUCCAAGUGAAAACGAACCCGACUUGCUAAAAACUUUGAAUAUCAUCGCUGAUAUUAUUUUAGCGAAACGGGAGAUGGAGGCAUACCUAAAUGGAACACACCCAAAACCAGAGGAAAUUAUGAAUUUUUUGUCUCCAAAAGCCAUAGAAGAUGUUCGACGCAUUCAAACGAAUUCCUGUCUGUCUGAGACUGACCGAAAAUAUCUAAUCGCCGGUCUUCCUAUUCCUCAAAAGGUUACGGAGAAGCCUUCUUCACAGGCGACGGGUGUCACUGCAGCCCAGUCUUCACAACCCAGUCCUGGUAAUCAGCUUACUAACACGACAGUCACUGGAACCCCGCCCUCUCAAACCAGUGCUGGGAAUCAACUGACCGUCAGCAUGACACCGCCUUCAUUAUCAUCUGGAGUGGAAGGGUCACGGUCGUGUGACAUCUGUGCGGAGAAGGAGUCCACGAUUCGGUGUGGGGUCUGUGAUGACAAACACCUGUGUGCGAACUGCGACGAGAUGUGGCACCGGCACCCGAAGAGGCAGUCGCACAGUCGCACACCCGUCCUACUGGAACGGUCGCCCGAGGUUCCGUCGAACAUCAACAUCCAGGGCCCGUACGGGAUCAAAGCCUUACCGUCCAACACAGCCGUUAAGAGAUCUAAUACGACGGACGGUCCAAAAUUGUCAACUACUACAGCAUGUGCAUCCUCAACACAGAGUACGACAGCCUCUACAGUAGCUCCAGCCAACUUGCCCAACUUGGAUUGUUUGGUUCUGAAAAGCACUGACGGAUCUCUCGAUCCCAGAUCGUUGCUAGACCCAAACUUUUCUACAGUGGGAUCUGCAGGCUAUCAGAACAGGCCGCCAGUCCGGCCCGGUCCGAAACCGGAAAUUCCUGACCGGCGACUCAAACCUCAGAUGUGCGCAGCUCCCACUCUUCCGACUCACUACCAGUCGGUGUUCCUUCCUCCGGAGAUACCCGUUUCCAAUGCCAACACCAAUUCUAACAACCAUCCUACGCCGCCAUCUGUGUCGGGUGUUUCACCAAUGGCAAACGCCGAGGUUUCCUCUGCAGUUCCAUCAUCUGCUGCAUACACGCAGCCAUACGACAGAGAAUUUCAGACAUUGGAUCAGUACCAGGAUCACCACCCACAUGUGGCUGUGAAUGUGAGUCAUGCUAAGAGUAGCUCUGAACCAGUUUUGUCGGCGGCUGGGGCAGCAGCACAGCAACAGCAGCAGCAUCUACAGAGUGCCCUUCAGCGAUCCAGCUCUGCGGCCGCGCAGUCCUUCCAGGGAGAAUCGGCGUACGGUUUGCGAAGAACCAAGUCUGCCGCGGCUUCAGGAGGCUUGACAUCGAAGCUUCUGGCCAAGGUGAUGGCCAUCCCGGACCUGGAAAAGAGACGAGCCAAGUGUGAGAUAAAUAUCAUGACGCUGGAUGAAGAAAUGGAGGAGAUUGAAGGUGACCUGACGAGAGUUGUUGAGGAAGACGAAAACUUCCUCGAAAGUCCUGAAUUCAGCACCCUGAACAGGAAGAAAGGAAUGUUGAUGAGAGAGAAACUGAGUCUCCAGAAGUACAAGGAGGAGAUGGAUCGGAUGAUGCCUGGCAGAUCUGAGAUCAGCGAAUCACAAGGUGUCUUCUAUCCACCGUCUGUGAUGUCCACGAGCAGUUCCACCAGUGCCAUGGCGACCAGUCCUAUGCAGUCGUUUCCCAGAGCACAUUCUCCAGGCAUGGUUAUGACAUCGGAGGUAGCUGCGAGAAGAUCCUCUGAAAUUUCUGACCCUGAGAGUAUGUAUCACUCAUCCGUGGGAUACCACUCGGCUACUCUUCAGCCAGCAGGCGGAUACAAUCUCCAACAGCAGAUGAUGCCUGGCUCUCAUCAGACACCUGGUCCCCAUCAGAUGCCUGCCCCCAAUCAGAUGCAUCUUUCCCAACAGAUGACUGUUCCCUAUCAGAUGCCUGCUCCCAAUCAGAUGCCUGUUCCCCACCAGAUGCGUGUACCACACCAGAUGCCUGCCCAGACAGCUACAAACCUGACAGCUCAGUAUCCCAGUGUGCCGAGGCAUCUGACGCAGGCCUACAGUCAGCAUCGGCAUUACCAGCAGCAGAUGCUUCCCAGUGGGUCACAAAUGGACAACCGGAUCCCAGCCAGUGCUUCGGAAUACUCUCAAGCUAACCUAAGUUCUUCUCAAGCUGCCAGCUCUCCGGUUUCGGAAGUGUGGACUCCCAUAGUUUCUCCCACUGUGUCCGGAUACAGUUCUGGCGGCACAGGUCAGCAGGAUCCAGUGUCGAAUGUUGCACAACACGUUAUUCCUGCAUCCGAGGCUACUGCAGGUCAGUCUGUGUCAGCAACACAGGCGAUGGUGGGUGACAAGCAACAGGGAUCUGCAGGUCUGUGUAUGCAGGCAGACAUACGAGGUGGUGGAGAUACAUCACAAGCUGCCCGGUCAUUUCCACAGCAACCGACAGUGCCGGAGAGUUUGACUGGUUUUCAGAGGAGUUGGCACUGUGAGCACUGCACAUUGAUCAACGAACCUGGCACAAGGGUCUGUCAGAUGUGUCACAAGACGAGCGACACGCCCGAGUUCGUUAACGACCAAACAGAAGGUGCCGGUGCAGGCGCAGGCGCAGGUGCAGGUGCAGGUGAUCCAGAAGACAACGAAGAGACAGCUGUCGUUCAGAUUGGCAGGAAGAUUGCAGAAAUCCACGAUCAGAUUUACUACGAAAAACAGGCGGCUCAUGAGAAGUUUCAGAAGACCCUGCAGCAAGAGGCUGCUGAGAAGAAAAAGCAGGAAAAGAAUGUUCGAAGCAAAUCAGAUGACAAUGAACGAGAAUUACCCAACAAGAAACUAUUGCCUACUCUACAGAAAACUGAGCUGUACCAGAAAUCUGACCCGUGUUCAAAGAUGGAGACGGAAGGGUCGGAGUGGCAGGCUGCCAAUGCUAGUCCCGGCUCCAGUGGUAGCGACUCUCUCCAGGGGAGACAAGCGAGCGACUCUCUCCAGGGGAGACAAGUGAGCGACUCUCUCCAGGGGAGACAAGCGAGUUUCGAGGAGAAGAUGCAGCACAUCAACGAACAGCGGCUCACCAAACAGAUGCAGCUGGACGGAGCCGACCUCGUGCAGCUCUUCAAAUCUGCUGAGAAAGCUGGAUAUGAGUUCGAUGUGGCAUGGAUAGCGUAUGAAAUCUGUGGGAUGAAGCAUUUGCUUGUUCUCGACUGGUUGACCAACAACUGGAGGUCGAUGAUUCAAAGUGUCGUGGAGGAGGUCAAACUGGAAGGUCAGAAACUGGAUCAGAACGAUGUCGGGGAAGUAUCGGAGGAGGAAUCCGUGUCGGCGUUGAAAGAAGCGAGAGGGAAUAUAGAAGAGGCCGUGAACAUCUGCAUACAAGCUAGAAAAGUUUUGUAUGCUGAAAUCAACAGUGAUAAAUCGUAUCCACGAGAAGAGGUACUCGACGCUAUGUUCAGGGCAAAGGGUGAGAAAGAGCGUGUGCGACAAAUCCUCGACCAGUUGAAACUGCAGCCGUUUAUUGACCGCGUUUGGAACGGAGCGCUGCAGCACACAGACAUCAGCAACAUGAUGUUAAACGUCAACUGUGAGAGUGUGUCGACGAGUGUCAUCAACCACAAGGACUUUCAGGAUCAGAUAAGAAACCAGCUGAUUGACAUUGAGAGACGUACCCGCAUGGUUCUCAUAGAGGCCAGACUUCAGAGCUGGGGUCGAGCCAGCACCGUGCUGACGAUUCUUGACAAAGAUCUGAAGAACAUGGACUCAAGCUACGAGUGUACGCUGGAGGAUAUCAUUGAAGCUGUGCGCAACUGUGGAGACCGUAAGAGCUCUAUCGUCUACCUGCAGAAGGAGUGUAGUCUCUGCUACUCAAAGUAUCCCAUGUCCAAGAUGACAAACCUGAAUUUUUGUCAGUGCCAGAUGUGUGUGUCCUGUUUCAAAGAGAGCUUUGCCAUCACGAUUCGAGAGAAAAACGUCCGCAGCUGGAAUUGUCCCAUCUGUGAAUCGCCCGACAUGGAAGACGCGGACGUGGCCACAGAUUACAUUGCCUUCCUCGGUCUUUUGCUUCAAAAAGUGGAAGAUGAAGAUGUACUCAACCUGUUUGAGACUAAAAUUCGAGACUGGCAUCUUCAGAAGGACCCAAAUUUCCGCUGGUGUGUGCACUGUGGCAAUGGUUUUCUGUACCAGGGUUGGCAGAAUGGACGUGGCAGGUUGGAUAUGGUUUGUCCACACUGUAAUAAAAAGACAUGUUUUGAAUGCAAGAAACAGCAACAACAUGGCACAAAUGGGAUGCAGAUGAUUCGUCCUCUGGACAUUUCGUCCACAGACGAUUCGUCCACUAAAUAUUUGUCCACUGUUGAACUCGAGACGAUUCGUCCACAACCAAAAAUUGUUCUUGGACAACACCUGGAGGAGAGUGGCAUUGAUUGUCCGAGCUGCAAAAUGCGUUACUCACUGGCAAAAGGUGGCUGUAUGCAUUUCAAGUGUCCGCAGUGUGCAUACGAGUUCUGCAGUGGGUGCAACCAGCCUUUCAGUAAAGUGGGAGUGUGUAAAAAGUUUAAGUCUUGUAAGAAGCAAGGGUUUCACUGUCAUCAUCCACGAGACUGCUUUUUCUAUCUCCGUGACAACGAUGUACACGAGUUACAAGGUCUCUUGAAGCUGGGUAAGGUGGAUUUCAACACGUCAACUCCGGAGGGUCAGCAGGACCGUGAGCACUGCCCGGUGAUGGAGCAGAAGGAGGGGGCGUGUGGCCACAAGGACGAGGCGUGCGGGAGAGGCGUUCCUCCAGACCACGCCGGUCUGUGUGUAACCCAUUACAAAGAGUACUUGGUUGGCCUGAUCAACAAGAAGAAACUGGACCCAGUGCUGAUCAUGAAUGUUGAAGAGAUCGGCAGACUGCUCGAUAGGCUGGAAUUGAAGCACAACAGACCAAAGAAAGCAGCCAAUGAAAGCGAUGACGCAUUUCUCAAUAAAUUCAGAGAGUUUGUUCAAGUGAAAGUUCCUUUGGAACGUCAUUGACAAGAGAACAUUCAACUGAGACAUUAUUGAUGAGUGAAAGUUCAAUUAGGACACUGAUAAUCAUAGUUCAACUACAACAUUGAUAAAUGGAAGUUCAGCUAGGAUAUCAUUAUUAAGUUGAAGUUCCAACUAGGAUAUCAGUGAUAAAUCAACAUUCAUAUAGAAUGGCAUCAAUAAGUGAAACUUCAAUGUGGAUAUCAUUGAUAAGUCGAAGUUCACCUAGGAUAUCAUUGACAAGUCAAAGUUCACCUAGGAUAUCAUUGAUAAGUCAAAGUUCACCUAGGAUAUCAUUGACAAGUCAACAUUCACCUGGGAUAUCAUUGACAAGUCAAAGUUCACUUAGGAUAUCACUGACAAGUCGAAGUUCACCUAGGAUAUCAUUGACAAGUCGAAGUUCACCUAGGAUAUUGUUAAGUCAGAGUUCACCUAGGAUAUUGUUAAGUCAGAGUUCACCUAGGAUAUUGUUAAGUCAAAGUUCACCUAGGAUAUUAUUGAUAAGUCAAUGUUCACCUUUGAUAUCAUUAAUAAGUCAAAGUUCACCUAGGAUAUCAUUGUUAAGUCAAAGUUCACCUAGGAUAUCAUGGAUAAGUCAAAUUGCGGUAUUUAUAAGCAAGACAAACCAUAACAAGACUGUGGUUCAUGUUCAGUGGAAAUAAUGUCAUAUGGACGUAAUAUCAAAGCUGGAAACUACCAACCAUAACCCCCCACCCCCCACCCCCCCACCCCUCAGAAUCUACACCUGGAUGUUCAAAUAUACUUAAUUAUACUCUGCACUACUCAGUUUGCUGUAUGUAGAAGUUACAUAACCAGUGUUCACACCUAGUGAUCAUGUUCUGUUAAUUUAUUAUCAAAUUUCCACUUGGUGGGGUGUGUAAGGACCAAAACACACCGGAGAUGGGUCUGGGUCUGGUGAGUAUGGUACCAGGCAAAAAUGAAACAAACUGAAUUGAAUGUGACACAACAUACUGCAUCUGUGCUGGCAUGAACUUCAGAUCUGGCAACAGAAGACAUAGAACAUGGGCUAUAUAUUCAGUGCCAAACUGGCAGCUGCACAAUGUUCAAAUGUUACUCUUUUAAUUUUUUUAAUAAGCAACAGGAAAGGUAUAUAUUAAUCAGUGUGAAAUUCUCAUAAUUAUUGGGGUUUUUUAAAAGUAAAUUUAUCUAAAGAUAUUAACACAUUAACAUACAUUGAUAACAUAAGUUACAGACCCUGACAUCAAAAUACAAUGCUUGUUGAACUCAUACUUAGUGUGUUUUGAUCCUAAGAAUGUGUUGUUCUGAAAUUUAUGUGUUGUGCAGAUUCUCUCAUUGUCUAUUACAAUUGUAAUGUUCUGUACAAUGAGAAAUCCCAAAAUGAUAUUCUUCUUCUUCGUCGUACGCUCAGACAGGAACCCCAGUGGCUCGAACAAAAGCUUCUGUAUUCCGUAUGUUCUAAAUGAUAUAACCAUUGAUACCUUGACCUCCAAUACUUGGCAAGUUAAUUAAUCCCACAUAUUAUCAUUGCAUAAUUGAUUCAGGAAUAUUAAAGUAGUAACAAUCAUCUUAAAUAGUCCUAAAGAAUGUUUGAUAAAAAUUGUAAAAGUACAUAUAAAAUCUUCAUCGUAUAUCUAUUAAAAUUGCAGCCAGUUCUUUGACAGUAUGAAAAUGCAAUUCAAAUUCAAACUGAUGUCAUUUGUUAACCUGUUGGUCACUCUUAUUGGAUUUUGCAAUAAUACAAAUUUAUUAUAGUACUAUAGCUGGGCAGUAUUGAAAUUUCAGUAUCGGUAUUGGUAUUUUUAUGGUGAUUUACCUCGGUAUCGGUAAGGUAUUUAGUAACGACACAUUACCGAUACCUAUACCGAUAUCAAGCCGUAUUUUCAGUGUACUCUGCUUUAAAUGCAUGACCGAGUUAAGGCUCACCUGCUAAUUUCAUACUUUCCACUGACACAAAGUACAUCUACCUGGUUUUCUGUCGAUUUAGAGGAAGAAUGAUGUCCACCCACUCUUCUUUUCAUCCAUUUUGUGUUUGUCAGAUGUAUUGUUAGUGAUUUACUAAAUGGCGGUAAAACAUUUUCAAUACCGAAAUUUUGGUAUUUUGAAAUUUGCUUGGUAACGGUAAAUCGGUAUUGACAUGAUACCGAUAUCUAACGGUAUAUACGGUAUACCGCUCUAGAUAGUAGUGGUCAAUGAAAUUAUUAUAUUCUGUCAGUAUGUAAUUCAUGAUAUGUUUACAUUUUACAAGAAAAAUUAAUAAAUAUUUUUGUUUAU